UUGAAUAACCGCGAUCCGGUGGAACUACGGGAAUGUCCUUGAUACAAAGCAGCUGCACCCAUUGGUGUUUGCCACAAAACCCAAAACAGUGUGCACAGAUGCUAGCUAAAGAAGCGCUGGGAAUAAUAGGGUUACGGGCCUAGUGUUGGAAAAAAUUGUUUAAUUACGCCGGUUUAAGGUUGUAUUUGAACAUAACAGUUUGUUCCUGCGCCCUUUUAUACCCGCUGCGACUGAAGUGAUCUGGAUUUGUCUAGGAGUUUUCACGAAAUCUGACUCAAAGCAAAGAGAAUACGCUGGUUUGAUGACACUGGAGGCACCAUGAGUGCGGAGCUGGAUGCACUCACUGUGGUGAACCAGCUGCGAGACCUCGCUGCAGACCCCUUGAACCGAAGAGCCAUAGUCGAAGACCAGGGUUGUCUGCCGGGUCUCAUCCUUUUUUUCGACCAUCCCAACCCACAGGUCGUCUACUCUGCACUAUUGGCCGUGCGCUACCUGGCAGAAUGUCGAGCCAACAGGGAGAAGCUGAAGGGCGAGCUGGGCAUGAUGCUGAGUUUGCAGAAUGUCAUGCAGAAGAGCACAUCGCCUGGGGAGACCAAGCUGCUGGCCUCUGAGAUCUACGAGAUUUUGCAGUCAGCUGGUAAAGAAGAAGCGGAACAGGCCGAGGCGGCGGCCGCCUCCUGCCAGCGUAAAGCCCAUUUCUUCCUGGGAUCCAACAACAAGAGGGCUAAAACCGUAGUGCUGCACAUUGACGGGCUGGACGACUCUACUCGGAGGAGCCUGUGUGAGGAGGCCUUGUUAAAGAUCCGAGGCGUGAUCAGUUUCACCUUCCAGAUGGCCGUUAAGCGAUGCGUUGUCAGGAUCCGCUCCGACCUUAAAGCUGAGGCAUUGGGAACAGCAAUUAACUCCACAAAAGUAAUGACAGCUCAGCAGGUGGUGAAAACAGAGGAUGGAGGCGAGCUGAUUGUACCAUUCCAGGAGGACGCCGCGGUCCUGGUAGAGGAGAACACAGACAUCCCAGACUACCUGCCCGAGGACGAGAGUCCAUCCAACGAGCAGGACAAGGCGGUCACACGUGUAGGAUCCAUCACGGAUGGCGUGGGCUGGCUCAGCACGGCUGCUAACUUCCUGUCGCGCUCUUUCUACUGGUGACAGCUUCCUGUGUUUUUCCGCUCCCUCGAGCGAACCAUCCAGCUGCAGCCUUAGUGUAUCUCAGCGUAGUCCAGGACUAAAGCCUGCAUCACUAGUUUAGAAUCCCCUCUCCGAAGC